AUGUCCCUGCAACAACGAGACUCCCUGUACUACGAACUCGAGCAACCAGACGACAACCGAUACCUUCAGAAUUUCCAUCAGUAUCUCCGCGAGUCCCUCAUUCGCACAGACAAUCCAGUCACGACCCGGAAAGAAGAGUUUGUGCCAUUUGAGCAGAUCGAGGAGCAUUUGGGGGAUGAGGGUCGAUUGAUUGAUAUCCUUUCAGCUGUUUUCCCAGAAGAGGAGCCGCUUCCUGUCGACGACGAAGUUGUACAAAACCAGUACCUAAAGACGCUUUGUAUCUUGCUCUCCAUUGGAGGAGCAGGGUACAUUCGACAUUUUGUCGAACACGAUGGUCUCGCCGAUGUGCGCCUACCCCAUACCUCGAAGCCGCAGAACUUUCCAAUAUCACCAUCUCGACUGAACCUGUGGGACUUGUUUUAUGAGAAACAAUGGGUAUUUUGUGCAGCGGAGAUGUCCUACAAGAUAAACAAUUCUCUCGAACCUCACCGAAUACUACCUAUUGUUGAGAGGGAAGUGCUUGGACGAGGUGGCAGUGCGGUGGUUUCCAAGAUCGUGCUGCACAAAUCAUUCAACAAACUACGCAGUAAUUCUGCUUCGUCGGAUUCGACUGCAGACAACGACACGUUUGUACUGAAAACCUACCACAAGCACGAAGCUGAGCAGUAUUAUCAUGAUGAGGUGGAGGCUUUUAGACGACUUCGACCACUGCGAGGAACAUUAGAUCCCAACAUAGUUCACUUCUACGGAAGCUUCACACAAAAUGGCACGUAUAAUGUCAUCUUGGCCUUUGCAGAUAAAGGCACAUUAGAAGAGUAUUUCAGGACUGUUCUUCCACCAACAAGUGGGAAAGAUAUUGAACAUUUCUGGACGACGCUCUGUGGCAUCACUAGAGCACUGGUCCACAUACACGAAGUGGAUUCCCAGAAUACACUAGGCGCUCCUCAAAUUUUCCAAGGAUGGCACCAAGACGUCAAACCUGAUAACAUUCUGGUCAUGACCAACGGCAUCAAUUCGCCUUAUGAUUGGAAGUUCAAUCUCGCCGAUCUUGGCACGAGCCAUUUCAAGAAAUGGUCUAAAGAGGGCUCGGAUAUAGAUACUCGUGGCACUGAAGCAUACGGUGCUCCUGAAUGUUUCAGAGCAGACAGAUUCCUCGAAGACUGUACGAUCAUGGUCAAGCAAAACUGUGACAUUUGGUCUUUUGGCUGUAUCCUCGCCGAGGCAGCUGUGUGGCUCAUACACGGGUUUCCAGGAUUACAAAGAUUUCGACGCAACCGUUCAGCUGCAAUCAGCGCAAUUCCCGAAAUGAAGAAUGGUGACUGGUUUCACGACGGUACGAGAGUCCUACCAAUAGUUAUGGAGACUAUCAACAGUCUGCAAAGCGACUUUCGUAAAUCUGACCGGGUUACUGGACCGAUACUCGAAAAGCUGGUGAAGGUUAUGCUAGACGAACCCGAGGUCAGAUACACAGCGAAACAGGCCCACACGCAUGCAAUGCGUAUUCUUCUAUCGCCCAGCAUCGCGGGACCUCCAGCGGCUAGCCAUUCUCCUCAAGGAUCCGAUAGUGGUCGACUGGCACCUGGCUCUCUUUCUGUGCUGAACCAGCAGGACGGAAAUAUGUCCAAUGUCAACAUCGCAUCUUCAAACAUCUCCACUCCCGAACAUCGAACCUCGGUCACGGUACCUUCAAGAUCCAGUAUAGCCGGCGAUCGGUCACCCACACGGCUAGGAUCCUCAACUUCAUAUGUACCUCCGAAGCGUGGCCACACCCAGCCAAAUAAGUCGAGUCAGCCCGAGCUUCCAAGAUUAGAUGUUGAUGUUGCUGAGCGAUGGAUUCGAGAUAAGAGAGCUGGCAGGCCGCGCAGACUCCCAGGUGAAUACCUUCUCAAACGGUUGGCGACUCGUGAUCAUGUCUUCUUGAUCGAUGACGCUGCUUCCAUGAAAGCACAUAAAGUUGAAGUGAAGCGUAUUCUGGAUCUACUUGCAUACUUAGUCAAAGAUUCCGACCCCGAUGGCAUAGAGCUUUAUUUUACUUGCUCAAAGCAGCAAAUCAAGGCAAAGGAGCCGUCUAAGCUUGUUGCGAGGUUCGAGAACAACCAACCCGCAGGCCUGACAGAUAUUCGCACCCGCCUGACCGCAGUAAUCGAUGACUUUAUCAAGGGACUUGGCAGGGGUUGGCUUAAGAGAAAGUUUAAGCCCGUUCGCUCGUUGAAUAUAUAUGUUCUCACAGACGGUAUAUGGCAACCAACAACGGAUCUAACUUCGCCAAUUCGAAGACUCGUGGAAAAGCUUAAUGAACUUGAGAACGGACAAUAUCAAGUCGGCAUUCAAUUCAUCAGCUUCGGAAACCGGGAUUUUGCUUUGGAACGACUGAACCAACUGGAUGACGAUUUGGGUGAAAAACUCGGUCGAGACAUUAUCGACCAUGAGAAAUACAACGGCAAUGUAUGGAAGAUGUUGUUUGGUUCGACCGAUCCGUGGUUUGAUGGCAGCAAGCCUAGUCAGCCACCCUAGCGCAAGUAGAUCCUUCAAGGACGCAAAUUGAUUGCCCGGUGGAUGGGAACUCUCAACGCCCUUCUCGUUGAUCCUAUCAUGGCGAUAAGGACCCAGAACUAGCUCUUCCUGCACAGACAUCAGAAGCUCUGUAGACAACAGGCACUGGCUAAAAUCACGAGGUCGAGCAAGAAGUUGCCCCCGACUUCGUCGAUGAGGCGACACUAGACGAGCGCCGCUAUUGUACAAAAGUGUUCUCGAAUGAUGGUUGCAGGAGCACGCGCAGAUCAAUCACUGAGGCGAAAUUGAUAUUAAAUUGCCACGACGCUUGUCCGACAUUUGACGCUGGAAAUCACAAGCAGUUUAGAUUUGACCGAGGAACGAGGUAAUGACUUGUCGAAGUUGGAGCAUGUAUACAGAUGGAUCUACCACAUUCGAAUGCGGUUUGCACUUAAGCUAGAUUACAGCUACAAAUGCCUUCGU